AUGACUCAAAGUCUGAAGCCCAACUCUUCGCUGGGCCUGGAGCGCUUCUCCGGCAACAAGCAAGAGUUCACUAUGUGGGAAGAUAAGGUGCGCACGCACAUCGACGACCUCGGUCAAGCGGUCCUCAUGGCUACGUUCCUCGAUGGUCGACCUGAGAAGCCAGUCGUCCUCUCUGGGGAUGAUGCGACAGCGGAGGUAGUGCAUGAUGGGCGCUGGGAGCUAGCGCACUGGAACCGGGCCCGCACGGCCAUACAGAACCUGUUCAACCAGUCGCUGCCGAAUGGGUUCCUGUCCACCCUCCCGGACACUGUCUCGAUGAUGGACCCAUGUGAGUGGGGCCGUGUGUUGGCAUCCAACUCGAAGGAUGUUGGGUCUCUGUUUGCUCGGCUGAAGAAGCUGAGGAACGAGAUCAACUGGAAGACUAAGGUACUGGUAGGUCAGGGGAUGGUGAACGAGGCAUGGCUAUACAUCGAGGUCCUGUCGCAGCUACCGAGUGAACUUUGGGCGAGUUCUGUCUCGAUGACGAACGCGAUAUUCACUGUCGCCAAUGUGGAGAUGAGGCUGCGACGUGUGAUCGGCGACAAGCCGCGUCAAGAGGUGGUCCCGUACAUCGAAAAGAAGAAGGCAACGAGAAUCUGCUCCGUCAAGGGCACGGACGCGAUCAUCGAGCACAACGCCAGCGGCAGCCGCACACAGGUCGCCGCCGGUAGUAGCGGCAGCAGCGCCACCAGCGACAUCGCCAGCAGGGUCUCGGACGCGAUGGAGGUGGCCGUGGCCUUGGAGGACGCGGUCAGGGGCGUCUCCGCCGACAUGGACACGGCCACGGACGCGAUGCGCCGUGUGUGCGCCGGCAACAUCAUGACCACGGAAGCUUUGGGCGUGACCGUUGUCGUGCUGGGGGUGGUCGUGUGUGCCUCCACCGGCACGGAGGUUGGCAAGAAUGUGACCGGUGACCAGACAGCGUGCGCAAAUGCAUCGACAGUGCGGAAGGAGACCGUUGUAGAGGUGCCAGAAUCGGACGCAAUGGUAGCGGGCGACUCGGGCAGCGCGGGCAGCGGCCGUGGCAGCGCCGUCAGCAGCAUGACCUCAGACGUGGUGGUGGCGAACGUGGCCGUGCUGGAUGUGGUCUGA